AUGCUUUUUCUUAUUCUCAGUCUCUUUUGCACCUACACUCAUGCACUUACCAAGUUCGAUACAAACUGCACCCUUCCCGCGGAGACAGUGAAUUAUGUUUCCGCCCCGAAUACGCGCGGUACCCUCACUAUUCUCUGGGCCAGCAUGUUCAUGAUUCUCUCCUGCACCUGGACGGUCCAGCACCCGGACGUUCCCCAACCGCGGGAAGUCUUCGGGCCUGGGCGCAAGGGCAGUAUCGAAUACUGGGGACACAAGUACGGCAGUCAGAUGUUAUGGUUCGUGAUUACGAUUCUGGCGCCCGAGGUGCUUCUCGCAAAAUAUGGGUAUGCUCUUUCGCAAGGGAAGCGUGACCUCGACGACCUGCAAGAUUUCGCCCGAGGUGACGGAGUGGAGUGGACAAUCGCUCAUUCUCUCUUUGCUAACAUGGGAGGCUUUGUGAUGAGGCCGGAUUCGGCAUCACCUGGACGAAGACCACUCGGAACGCGUCUCGGACGGCCACACGAAUUUCAGGAAAUACUACGUGUAUUGAACACCAUUGAGGAUGACCCUCCUUGUUCCCCCUCAGCUUCUCGAAGAGGUGUCAGCAUGCAGACCUUAACAUCAUCAUCAUCGAACAUUGAUUUCAGCUAUACGCCUGUGUUCCCUCCGGGCCGAAAUGCUACCGCACAACUGGGUUACCGUUACUCCCUCAAGUCCAGGGACAUCUUGCGGCUUCGGAAAGCGGGGCUCCUCUCUCAACUGCCGGAUAUUACCAAAGAGGAGCUAGAAGACCGAUCGAAAGCAGACUGGAUGUUACGAUCGAUCACGGUCUUGCAGAUUGUGUGGAUGGGUUUCCAGACGUCUGUGCGGCUUCAAGCGAGCCUCGAAGUGACCCAUUUGGAAGUCUCUGCAUUGGCUUUUGCCUUGUGUGCCAUCUGGAUUUGCGUGCUCACCUGGAACAUGCCAAAGAAGGUCCGGGUUCCCAUUACAAUCAUGGAGUUUACAGGCGGGGUUCCUCGCAGUCAGCCUGGAAUCCACUGCACCGUCUUCACACUCCCCGACAAGUCAUAA